AUGUUUCAGAACACAGGUACCUGCCGGUUUGGUGAUCGCUGCCGAUUUUCACAUCAACGUCCCUGCGAAUUGCCCGUUUCGGCGACCCGCCGACUUGGUUUCGACGCUUCCAAGGUUAGCGCGGACAGAGCACACGAGUUGCGCGACCGCGAAGUGCAGACGUUGACGAGAUUAUUCCCUCAUAAGAAGGUUGUCGCAGAUUGCACAUUUGAGGUUGAGGUGAAGUCGACAGAUCCAGAUUGGCCAUUCCCCAUAUGCAGUGUUCUAAUGCAUAUCGAGUUCCCAGACGAUUAUCCACUUUCAGCGAUGAAAAUAUUCGUGCCAGAAACAUGCCCCCUGCCAAGGGCACUGCGUAAUUUUAUUAACCAAAGCUGCAAAGACUGGCUGCAAAAAAGAACGAGCAACUGCGGUUCUCGAGGGACUGUGGAACUGUGCCUUCGACCGUUUCUGAAAUGGUUCCAGCGAGAAAUGUUGAACAUGUUCAUUGCGGGGUUGCGACGGGAACGUUUAAUCUGUAAUGCGAAAGCUCAAGGAAUUACCUGCGUCAUCCCGGGUAGCUUAAAAAAACCCUCUGGAGAGAACUCUCGGAAUGACUCUAUCGACGAUCGUUCGGCAGAUCCGGCAGAAAGUACGAAGCUUGAUAAAGGAAAAAGUGGCAAUCAGUCGUUUUCUCCGAUCGCUGUAGUUGACGAGAAUUUAGAAAUACGUGAAUCUACAGGUAACUCUGACAGCCAAGGUACUUCCCGGCCGCAGUGUUCUGUGUUUUCUGAUGAUUCAAGUCCGUCACUGCCCGAAAUUGAAAGCGAUAAACAGUCAGUGUCAGCUUCCGAUGUAGCAAACCAGAUGAAGCUCUCGGCUGAUCAGCUGGAAGUUCGAUUUGCCGAACUUGAUACCAGCGAAUCGUUCGGCACAAUGACUGCACAGAAACUGUGCUUCGUGUUUCAGUGCACUCAUUGCAAGACGAAGCUUGAGUGCCUGCUUGCGGACGGUGUGCAGUUUUCAACCACGUGUCAGAAGUGCCAUACAGAGGUUUUGGCGCGUUUCUGCGCUUGUUGCAUUCACAGGCACUCCUUUUUGUUGGGAUACGUCGCCAUUUCAGGGCUGGCCAUUUUUGACCUCGUUCUGCCAAAUUCAUCAUUCAAACUGUCGUGUUUUGAAUGUGGUGAUGAACAGCGAGUUACGGGUUUUAAUGUGAACCACCCAGAAUCGCGCUGGUGCUCGCGAUGUCAUGCAAAAAUUAAUAUUCAGCUUGCGUGUCUGAAGUUUAAACACGCAAACAAAGCUAUAGACUUGGAAAGGAAACCUGGAGAAAAAUCGAAAGUUAAACAACGAACUGAACAAAUUAUUGUUAAAGAAGAGGGAAAGCCUUUGCCAGAUUUCGGUACCUGUUCACAUUACAAGAAAAGCUUUCGGUGGUUCAGAUUUCCGUGUUGCAAGAAAAUCUAUCCAUGUGAUUUAUGUCACGAAAAGAAUGAGGACCACGAAAUGACGCUCGCUAACCGUGUCAUUUGUGGCUUCUGUUCGAAGGAGCAGGCCUAUGGCGUCGGAAAGGCAUGCACAUUCUGCGGUGGCAGCUUUACGAAGAUGAACACUGAGCACUGGGAGGGUGGUCGUGGUUGUCGAAAUCACGCCACAAUGAGCGCGAAAGACAAGCAGAAGUUUGCGGGAAUGAGUAAAACAGUCUCAAGGCGGGCGCAGAAUCAGAAUCAGAUAAAGAAAUCGCACAAAGCUUGA